AAUUUCCAAUAAGCUGUUUUUCAAUGUGGCAGGAAAUAUGACUGAAAGAAUACUCAGAAAGACAAAUAGUUAUUUACAGAGAUUUUUCUAGUACGAUGACAUUUUUCAUACAUUUUUUGAAUAGUUUCUUGCAACCAAUAAUAUCUGAAAUCAGAUCACCGAAAAUCAUACAUUCAUUCAUUUUUUCAUUUGGAGCCAAUGGAUGCCCACAAAAAUAAUGUAAUAGUCACGAUGCGAUAUUAAAACGGUAUACCACACUAAAUCUGAAGCUGUAGCUAAAUUUGGCUAUUAUACUCAGCAACUUUACUGAAACAAAAUCCCUUGACCUAGUAUCUAUAAUAAGCAGGUUGUUGUUUACGCUUUUCAAAGUGUUUAAAGGGAGUCACUCUGCAUGUGUCCGAAUUGACUAAUGCAAAAUUUGGACAGGCACCUUGUAAAAUCUCACAAGCACAUAAUUUAGGCUUCUGAGGGUCAUACAGAGGGACGCUUUCCUGCUGGUUAACCUUUGCAAAUGGAAUUAGUGUCACACCAGCUGCCAGGAGAAUGGGAAGAAAGGUGGAAGAAGGAGAAGGAACAGAGGAGGAAAAUGCAAGAGGAAGGUGGUGAAGGGCUAGAGGCAGAAAACAGAAAACUGAGGUGGAUUGUGGCUUACAACAGCCUUAAGAUGGGAGUGAGAGGUUCAAAGGAACUUGAAGAAGGAAGAGUAGAUAGGAAGAAUUAUGAGGAAGAACAAGAUGAAGAGGUUACCUACAUUUUCUGCAGACACACGCAUCCCAAAGAGAUGUUCCAGACCAUGAAAGAGUUCUAUGAAUCUGGACUUCUCACUGACCUGAUUCUGAAAACUACAGAUGGAGGAUACUUCUCCACACAUUUUCCCAUCAUGGCAGCGGUCAGUUCAUUUCUUCAUCACCAACUACAAGAGAGGGAAAAAGACAGAACACCCCAAGAAAAGACCGAGGGAAAUGAAACUAGAGAGCUUUGUAUUUCUCUGGGUCCAGAAGUGGAGCGCUCAGGGUUACCUGGAGUUGUCGAAUUUGCUUACACAGGAACCAUCAUGAACCUAAACAGAGAUGCAGUGGCAAAGGUCAGAGCUGCAGCUCAAACCUUGGAGGUUCCCAGAAUGCUGGAGCUCUGCAAUGAGGAAGAGGAAAGAAGGAAGAUGAAAGGGGAGGGGAAGCUACAGGAGAGGGUCAUAUCCUCUGAAAAACAGAUGGAGGUCACUCUCCAGUGUAUCGAACAAAUGCGGAAAGAAAAAUUGGGCUGUGAUGUGGAGCUGGAAGUUGAAGGCAGAGUUUUUCAUGUACACAAGGUGGUCUUGGCUGCCAGCAGUGACUACUUCCGUGGCAUGUUUACGAGCGGCAUGCGGGAAUCCUUCCAGCCAAUCAUAUCCCUCCAGUCUGUGGGGUCUGUGGAACUGGAAGCUCUCCUGAACUGCUCCUACACAGGAUCCCUGCCUCUGAGCUGGGGGUCAGUAUUCCAGAUCACUAUUACUGCCCUCCAGCUCCAGAUGCAGCCUGCUAUGUCCUUGUGCCUCGAUUUCCUCCACCAACGCAUAGAUCCAAACACCUGCCUGGAUGUGGCCUCCUUUGCUGAGGCUUAUGAGAUAGCUGAUCUUCAGGAGAUGGCAGAAGACUAUGUUCUGAGGCACUUCAGUGAGGUGGCAGCAACUCCCAAGUUCCUGGACUUGCCUUCAGACAAACUGGCAGAAUUCCUGCACUGUGACUCUCUGUCUGUCCCCUCUGAGCUGGCUGCAUUUCGAGCAGUGGUAGCUUGGAUUGAGGCUGACCCUGCCGAGAGGAUGGUUUUUGCUAAGGAGCUCAUGAAGGGUGUGCGAUUUCCUCUAAUGACCUUUCGGGAGUUUAGAGAAGUACGAGCUAUCAACCUUCGCAUGGAGUGUGAUGGUGAAAAAGAAGUAGAGCUGUAUGGAGCAGCACUCAAGGAGUUUGGGUUUGGUUUAUCAAAUUCUCAAGAUAAAUCCAGGGUCCGCCAUCCCAAAGACACUCUACUGGUUACUGGAGGAGAUAAGUUGGACCCUGAUUUUGGGAAACGACAACCAAGUAGGCAGUUGUGGUAUAUUAACUUGCUACGAAGCAAAACAGGCCUGGUGAAGGAGGUGGAAUGGAGGUUUCUGGGAGAAAUGCCAGAAUCUGCCAGAUUCCGACAUGCGGUUUCAGUCCUCGGAGGUCAGCUGUAUGUGGCAGGAGGAUGUCACCAUUAUGCUAAGGCUGAUACGUUAAGAUCUGCCUACAGGUACAAUCCAGUCCAGGAUGCUUGGCAGAGGCUGGCAGACAUGCACGAGCAGAGAAGCAACUUUUCGUUGGUGGUACGAGACCAACAACUAUAUGCCAUUGGUGGGGACAGGGACAUCAACAAUAACUUGGACAGUGUGGAAUGCUACUGCCCUGAGAGCAACCACUGGAGUUUUUCCCACCCUCUGGAACAUGCAUUGAGUGGACAUGCUGUCACAGUUUUGGAUGGGGAGAUCUUCAUCUCUGGGGGGUUUGAUUGCAAGUACCAGUGCCUGGUAUCUAUGUUCCUGUACCACCCGGAGAGAGGAAUCACCUACCUGUGCGACAUGAGUCAGGACCGAGCUCUGCACUGCAUGGAGAAGCUGGCUGGCCACUUGUAUGUUGCUGGAGGAGUUUGUAACCUACGUAAAUUCUACACAGACCAAUUGCUCUGUGAGAGGUACGACCCGCUGAUGGAUUCUUGGAGCUCCAUCCCGUCUCUCAGCAUCCCCCAUGUGAGUGGUGCGUCCGCAGUUUUGGAAGAUAAAAUCUACAUUCUGGGAGGCUACUGCCAAGAGGACUACAGCGAGUCGGGACUAGUGCAUCGCUACGACCCUGCGACCCUCCGCUGGGAGAACAUGGGCAGGAUGCCUGGACCCAACACAGAUAUACGAGCCUGUAUCCUCCACCUGCCCUCACACUUACGACACUAACAGGGACGGCAGCCACAUACACACGUGCCUCCGUAUUUAUAACAGUGACAAGGACAGGAGUCACUUGCACUCUUCCAUGUCUUUAAUGGCUCAUUAAGCUCUUCCAACUCAAUGAACAUUUUUCCACUCCCAUGAUUUUCCAGUAACUCCCAUGCUCUCCUUCUUCUCCAUCACUUAUAGCUUUUCUUAUCAACUUGCUUCAGCUCCACUGUUCAUUCCUUCUCCAUAUCCCAACUUCUCCUUUCCUUCCCCCUUUUGUCAGUUUAUAAAAUAAUAAUCAAUACCUUCCCUCUUGAUAUUACUACCAUUCUAUUUACCUUAUGUUUCUGGACAGUUUCAUGUUGUCCUCUUGUUCUUUCAGCUUGUUUACUAUCCUCAGCCAUGCGUUUGUAAUCUUGUUUAUGUGUGGUAAUACACCACCAUCUAGUGGUACGCUUUCUGAUCAUUGGUUGUGAUUCCUUCCAAAGAAAAGCUAGGUAUGAUUUUCUGUAUUGCCAUUGCUCAUUGUAAAUAAUUAUUUUGUGAAUAAUAAAUAAAAGUCAUUGUUUUAUG